UGAGAAGCAGAGUAGCACGGCGUGGCCCGCCUCCGGAAGUGACCCCACCACUGCCUCGUUGGCCGUGCGGAAGUGAGGCGAUGGCGGAGCUGUACGUGAAGCCGGGAAACAAGGAUAGAGGCUGGAAUGACCCUCCACAAUUCUCUUAUGGGUUGCAGACCCAGGGUAGCAGUCAUAAGAGGACACCACUGACUAAGCGGGUUGCAGCUCCCCAGGAUGGUUCUCCAAAAGUGCCUACCUCAGAACCUUUUACUGGGGCUCCUCCAGUGGGACCUCCACCACUCCUGACAAAGACUACAGGGCCUCCCCUUGGGGGAAACUCUUCUCCCUUGAAGUUGGAACCCGCCAGUUCUUCAGUCACUUGUGAAACCAUGCUAGAAGAUGUGCUGGGACCCUUGGAACAGGCUUUGGAGGAUUGCCGUUCUCAUACACAGAAACAGAUCUUUGAUGACAUCAGCCGGCGCCUAGCCUUGCUUCAAGGACAGUGGAAGAGUGAGAAGCUGUCAGUUCCUGUGAGGAAGAGGAUGGCACUACUGGUGCAAGAGCUCAGGAACCACAACUGGGAUGGAGCUGAUGACAUACAUCGAUCACUGAUGGUGGAUCAUGUGACUGAGGUCAGUCAAUGGAUGGUGGGUGUGAAAAGGUUAAUUGCAGAAAGGAGGAGCCUGCCUGCAGGGGAAGCUGCGGAGAAGCCUACUACUACAGAGGAGAAUGAGGUCGUCUCAGGCCUCUCUGCAACUCUGUGAUCCACUAUUUUCUUCCUCCCCCGUCAGUUCCUAUAUCCCCCACUGUCCUAGACCUUGAACUAUCUUUGAAUGGGACCUGGCAGGGUUUAGGCUCCAGGGACCUAUGUUUGCUUGGCUUCCUUGAUACCAACAGGAGUUGGAAAAAGGGAAAGGAAAUUCUCUUUUAGCAGAGAAGCAGCUCCAACUCCAACUAGGACUUUGCCCUGACUCGGGAGGGAAGACUAUUGGCAGUUCAUGGUUGCUUCUGACAUAUGCAAUUAAAUAAAAAUUUCUUGUACCGUGGUA